AGUUUACAGUACCGGUAUGUAAACCAACGGGCUGCUGUAGAUAGACGUCAUUUGACAGCAACCUUAAAACUAUUUUAAGUUUCGGUUUCCUGGGUUUCAUAGGUGCGGGACAGUUUCGUUGGCAUAACAAUGGAAACUAGCGUUACAUCACAGGCUACAGCCAUGGCAUCGACUCAGGAGCUCGAGUGUGUGAUAUGCACCGAAUUAUUUAGAGAUCCGACCACGUUACGCUGCGGGCACAGUUAUUGCAUGGAGUGUAUCAUCGAGUUCCGUGAGUCCAAAAACAACAAAUACAACCAGUACAGCUGCCCAAUAUGCAAGGACCCACUGGGGAAAGAACCCCAGCUCAAGAAGAACACUGCACUGUGCGCCUUAGUCGAGUUAGCGUUACGCAUAACUGCAGAACAGAGGAAGCCUCGGAGACCUACCGCCUCCGAGCAGGGGAACCGCGACCCCCUGCGCGACCCCUGCAACACAGCGGCGUGUCUCACCAGCAAGGUGUCGUGCUGCCCCGAGGACGGUAAAACGCAUGAAAAAGAACAUUUAAAAAGCUGCAAAAUCCUGUGCAGCAAGCACCCGAAAUUCAUCGAGUUUGUGUGCGAUACCGACGGGGAAUAUCUGUGCGUGGAUUGCGUGGCUGCGCAUCCCGCGUGUAGUUGCAGCAGUGUGCAGGGAGCGUUUGAGAAAAAAAAAGAGACCCUGAAAAGAAAGCUAGCGUCGGUGACAUCUGCCGUCCAAACAAUAGAGGAGAGCCUGGCAAAGAGGGGCAAAGAAAAACGCGAGAUCGAGGAAUCUGCUGCAAGGACAAACGAGUCACUCAGCAGAGAGUUUGCAGAGUUGAGACAGAUUUUGGAGGAGAGAGAGAAGGCAGCGCUGAAUGCCGUCAGUAGCAGUGGGAAGGCGGCCAGCAGCCGGGUGUCAGAGAUCAUUCAGGGUCUGAGCUCAGCCCGGUACGCCCUGCAGAGAAAGAAGAGCGAGUUGGAGAUGGUGAAUGUGAAAGACUGGUUUGAAUUUUUGAGGACCGAUCUGCCUGAGUCUGAAGAGAGUUCCCUUGCUGUGGAUGAACAGAGCGCAGCUCAGAUCCAGGAGCAGGUGUCUGCAGUGAAGGAUGCCAUCGCUGCCCUGAAGGAGGAUGUUCAGUCUAAACUGGACAACGCCAUAAAGGCUUUGCAAGCCCAGCAAACCCAAACAGGAGAAAUUAUAGAAGCUGUUCCAGAAUCAGAAGUUGCUGAGCCUGAAAAUGAUACUGCCUCAAAAAGAUCGGCUGAACUUAUCCAGUGUUUUGCCAACCUCACCUUUGACCCAAACACAGCCCAUAAGCACCUGGCACUGUCAGAAGGAAACCGCAAAGUGACGGUGAAGCCCAAUAACCGGAGAGUUCCAGACAUGCCACAGCGCUUCACAGUUAGCCAGGUCAUGGCUUCCACAGGCUUCUCUGAGGGCUGCCACUACUGGGAGGUGAACACCCGUCUCAGCAAAGGCUGGGCCAUCGGGAUAGCCUACCAGCGGCUGGGACGCGAAGCCACACUGGGGAGGAACGCCCUCUCGUGGUGCGUGGAGUGGAGCAGCUCACGCCUCUCCGCCUGGCACGGCAGCGUGGAAGUCAGGCUUCCUCAGGGGCAGCCCUCUGGGAUAGGGGUCCACUUGAAGUGUGACGAGGGCAGGGUGAGGUUCUACGCCGUGUCUGAGACAGAGACCCUCCUGCACACCUUUGAGGUGCGGUUUAAUGAGCCGGUUUUUCCAGUGUUUUGGUUGUAUGGGCUGGAUAAGGGUAAUGCUUUGUCUUUUGUGGAGCCGUAGUAAGGGAGAGACUCUGGUGGAAGAAGUCUGGAUAAUAUGUGUGUGAAUGUAUAACUUGAUGUCUUUCAAUGAUCUUACAAUAAGUGCAAUAAAUUAAUAAAUAAAAGCUCAUCUUG